UUUAUAUGUUUUUAUUUAUAACCAUUUACACAAAUCCCAUAUACUCCUACGCCAAAUCAAAAGUAUCACGCAUUUGUCCAUUUUUUGCGCUUUUAUCUUGUUUAUUUUCUCAAGCGAAAAAAACCACCCAAAACACCCUUAACAGGAAAAAGCGAAGGGCGAUAAAGGACACUGACAUUGUCGGCAAACAAAGUUUAAAAAGCGUUCAGAAUUAAAUAUUUUUCAUGCACAACUUUUAAAACAAUGAAAAUAAGCACGUCCAUAAAACUAAUAUAAAAUAUUUUUUAUACACAAUUGUUGGUCCUUAGCGUUUCUUUUUUAACAUUGACAAAAGUCGAUAAAAUUUGAACCAAAAAUAAAAUGUUUAAAAGUAAAAACGAAUGUAAUAUUGUGUAUAAGUGCACUGUUCGGCUACUUGACGAUUCUGACGUCUUAGAGUGUGAAUUUCAGCCAUUCCAUAAAGGCAUUUAUCUAGUCGACCAUAUAUGUAGGCAAUUAGAUAUUAAGGAAAAGGACUAUUUUGGCUUACGUUAUGUAGACACAGGAAAACAACGGCACUGGCUUGACUUGGCCAAAUCCAUAUUGAAGCAAUGUAAAGAUAUAGAUCCUGUUCUGUUUUCAUUACGGGUGAAAUUCUAUCCAGCGGAUCCAUUUCGCCUUACUGGCAAUGGCCGUAUCAUGCUCUUCCAGCAGAUGAAGAGAGAUCUUCGUCACGGCCGGCUAUACUGUUCCUUGGGCGAGGCAGCCGCUCUUGGGGCAUUAAUUGUGCAAGAGGAGCUUGGGGACUAUGACGAAAUGAUGCACAUUGGCGACUAUGUGUCAUCGCUGGAUUUGGCUCUGCGCCAAACCGAGAACCUGGAAAAGAAGAUAAUUGAUCUGCAUAAAAAGCGAAAGCCUGGUCAGGAUCCCUCGGUGGCGAUGGAUGAGUUUAUGGGCAUUGCCCGAGGUCUAGAGACUUACGGCAUUGAUCCCCAUCCCGUCAAGGAUCAUCGCGGCUCUCUGCUGUACGUUGGUAUCAAUCAUGCUGGCAUCAGCACCUACGUAGCCGGCAAGCGUUCCCAGCACUUUCGAUGGAAUGAAGUGCACAAGAUUAACUUUGAGGGCAAAAUGUUUAUUGCACAUUUGAGCUUCACGGAUGCCAGCCGAGAGCCCAAAAAGCACACAAUUGGCUUUAAGUGCCCCUCGGGACCCGCUUGCCGUUAUCUGUGGAGGUGUGCGAUCGAGCAAAUGCUGUUCUUCACUUUACCAAAUAGCCAGCACGCGGCUGUUGUCUCUGGCGGUGGCUUCUUCUCCUGGGGCACAAAGUUCCGUUAUACCGGUAGAACUGAACGCGAGAUUUUGACUGAAAGCAUUAACGCAUUACGCGAGCAAAAAAUGACCAAUUCGACUUCAAGCAAACGCAAGGCAAGCAGUGUUCCAGCCACGCCCUCCAGUCCACAGGGCGACUUGGCACAAAUACGCUACAGCAGCUUACCGCGUUCAACAAUGUCCGAGCCGUUGGGCUGUUCUAUGGCACCGAGUAUUCUCAUCUAUGGCGGCCAUGGCCAGGACGUUGGCGUCAACGGCAGCCUGCAAAUGCCCAUCCUAGAGCCCGUUUGCGAGGAGGCGCGUCUGCGCUCCUCAAAUAUAGAUAGACUAAAUCAUAUGGGAACAGAACUAUCCGGCUAUGCAUUCCGUGACUCCAUCGAGCAUUCCUCAACGGAAAGCGGACUCACGGCCAGCGGCUAUGAUGUGGCUGGCAAACCGCGUGGCAAUCAGAACGACUCCAAGCAGCACCUUUAUUAUUCAUCCAAGCAGUACUAUGCACUGCCCAAUCCCGCCUUAAAUUCAAGCUCUUCCGUCGGCAUCUCCAGUGGGAAACAUAUAGGCAAAUUUUCGCGCACACACUCAAAUUCCAAUAGUGGCAAGAGUUUGCGUAAAUUCCAUUUGUUACACGCUUUUAUACCAUCCGUAAUAUUCGUUGUCAUCGCAAUGGCCGGCACUGCAGUCUUCAUUAUGGAAUCGGAGCUGGAAAUAUUUGAACGCGUUCGCAACUCUCCCGAAAUGCUUAGUUUGCGUUAUCAGUAUUAUCAGCCGCUAAAAGAAUUUGUUAUGGAAAAACUAGGCCGGAAAAUUUAA